UCGCUCUCUAUAAAAUAUUAAAUAAAUUUUACCAAGUAUCAACGAUAUUCUUUGAUAAUUGAAGAAACGAUAAAUUUAAUCGGACAGACGUGCACCCGUGUAAUAAAAGUAACAUUACCUCAAACGAGCUUUGACCCGUGAUUUAAAAACGCAAUAUGGCGGAGCAUUAAUUUCGCGAACCGAUUUAAUCCGACAAAGGAAGAGGGGAGAGAUUGCCAAAUAAGAAAUUUCUAGAAUUCGAAGGCGAAUGGACGAAAUGGCGAGUCGAAUGAAAGCUUUGUACAACCAGGUUAUAUUCGAGAGGCGAAUUCUUCUCGGUUGCACAGUCCUCGUGGGUCUGUCUGUGUGCAUAUGGUCGGUCGCCAUUGGAACCGAUCAUUGGUUCACGAUCGAAGCCCCGGAUAAGAACGGUUUACCCAUCGGCGACCCUGCCAAAGGAAGAAGAUUAAUCUACAAGAAUAUGGGUCUCUGGAGAGGCUGUGUUCAAGGGAUAGUACCUGAAUCCGAAAACUCCACCAAGUUGGUCCCCUUCGAGGAGUGCAAGAACCAGGACAUGUUCCCUACCGAGAAACAGUUCAAAUUGAAUCCGGGAUUAAAUACAGUAGUCAAUUAUUCGAGGACACAGGUAUCGUUCGCGUUAAUCAGCCUGUUCGUGAUGGUGAUGGGAUUUUUCUUCUCGAUCUACACGUUCCGCAACCCACGAUACAUGUUCAAGCGAUUGGCCGGCGGGAUACAUUUCAUUAGCGCCGCUUGCAACAUGGUGGUGAUACAAGUGCUCCUCUCCUCGAUCGAGUUCGAGAGCAAACACAUACACACGACGUUCCCAAAGGGUGCGAUCCUCAAGUACAAUUUCUCGUUGAUCCUCGCGUGGAUCGUGUUCCUGUGCAACCUUCUCUCCGGAUGCGCCUUCAUGCUGUUCUCGAGGAAGCGGAAGAGGGACAAGGCGCCCACCGAGGAGAUCGCGAUGGCCGACGAGCCGACCAUCAUCGGCCGUUGAUCGCCUUUGAUUAUUCGAUUAAAACGAUUAUACCAUCGUCGUCAAUCGCGAAUAUUUAUGCGAUCGAAUCGAAUAUAAUUCAAAAGACUCGAAUCGGUUCCGAGACUCGUCUCGAGCGAUUGACUCGGUGAUCGAAGCUCGUGAAAGGAAGAAUAGAAAGAAACGCUUUUUUGCGCGCAUUGAGUGCGAUCGUUGAGUGAAAAGAAAAUGAAUAUCGCGGCGUAUCUGAACGUACGUGAUGAUGAACGAUGAAUUAUUUUCUCUCGAAACUCAACAGGAUGUGAUUGCAUACGUAAAAAAAAAAAAAAAAAAGAAGUAAUACUCCGGUGCUUUAUUUUUCAACAAAUAAUGAAAUAUUGAAAUAUUACGAACGAGAGAAGUUUUUUCUAGCGUGUAUUGUUGGGUUUCUGUUCGGGCAAAUGAAUCAUCAUCAAUUAAAAGUGUGAAAACAAAGUAUGAGAUGCACCUCGAUAUCCAAUUAUCCUCCAACUGGUUCGAACAAUACACUCGUGGUUGAACAUUGUGUAAUGAUUUAACUAACUGAUAAAUACUGUUGUUACAAGCUAUUUUUGUAUCGCGAAAUACCUUAUUGGACCCGGGACCAUCCGAACAUUAGUCGAAAAAUCUCUCUCCUGCAACUUUUGGCGAAAUCAAUUUUGCAUAAAAGUUCUAA